AUUUUUUAUAUAGGUUUGUGUGUGUUUACAGGAAUGGAACCUGUCUCCUAUUCCCCUGUUAAAAAUGAUGACUAUGUCAGUAAAGAUCACUUAGAUUGCACCUAUAUGGUCAAAGAUUCAUUUCAGCUGGUGACCACACCCGACUGCAGCGUGAGCUUUAGCUCCCUCUGCACGCAAGUUUUAAAUACACAUCUGACAUCAAGUAAAGCAAACAAAAGGAGCCGCAGAGGUCUUACUGACAUAUUGACGGCACUGGGAAACACUAUAGGAAACACUGCUCAGCUUAUACAGAAUGCCAAAACAAUGUUGAAUGAUUUGGAGACAACAACAGAAGUACUAUCAAAAGAAAAUAAGAUCAAAUACCUGCAAAACAUAUAUGAUCACCUCCAAAUGAGUGCUACAGUGAGUCCAGACCAGCUUGCGGAAAUUAUGAACAGCACUGCGGCCAUUCUUUUGUACACACAAGAGUGUCCUGACAACAUGGAUGAUUUUGAGGAACUCAUCACUCUUGCCAGCCACAUUUACGCAUAUGCUCUCCCUGUUAACAGUAACCUUGUCAGGGAACUUCCAACAGGCACUCUUUAUGUCACAAGGCAAGAUUCAAGAACUCUGGGUGGAAAAGCCAUUGGCUCAGUAGAUGGAGGAUAUUGCCAACUGCCAUCUCUUAGUGCAAUGACUGGACAGCUGCCAUCUGGGAAUAUCAAUGUGCAGCUCUUCCAAUUUAAAGAGAAUCCAUUGGAAACCAAGUCCAACGAAAGCAUCACUGGAGCAACUUGCAGCUUUUCUUUGCAGAAUGGAAGCUCUCCAAUCAAAUUCUCAGAUCUGUCAGAGUACAUUGAGAUAUAUCUGCCUCGGCCUGAAGCCCCUGAACCUAAAGUUGUAGAUAUAACCUGGAAACCAGGGUUCGCUGUCACCUCGACAUUCAACAUCACAGACGCAAAUGUGACUGUGGUUGUUACAGCAAUGCCAAAUCGAAACGGAACUCUCAGUGUUACCUUGCACCCGCCAGAGGAGGCAAACGCCACCUAUUUGAAUCAAAGCACUAAUAUAACCUACAAAGACAAUUAUCGCUGGCUGAUCACCCCUGAAAUGACAAAGGGAAUUGAGGGGGCCUGGAAGGUGGCAGUAUUACCAACUCAUUACUCACAAAGUGAAAUGCUGACCUUUAAAGUCUCAGUUUUUGUAACCAAGUGCCUGUUUUGGGAUACCAAUCUUGGAGCCUGGAGUAGAGAGGGCUGCAUGGUUGGUCACAAAACAAUGCCGAACCUUAAUCACUGUUUGUGCAACCACACAACAUUCUUUGGGAGCUCCUUCUUCGUGAUGCCCAACCAAGUUGAUUUGUCUCAGACAGCAGCUUUGUUUAACACAGUAAAUGAGAACUAUAUAGUGGUGGUUUUACUCAGCUGCUUCUUUGCCCUAUAUCUGGUGGUUCUAAUGUGGGCCUGGUAUGCAGACCGCAAAGCUCUCAGAACGGUACAGUAUACUAACAUUUACUCCCCUACUUAA